GAAGAAGUAGCCGAGUUCAUCCGUGGCUUUUACCGUUCGCGUUCUUUGAAGAAAAGACUUUAAACCACAUUUUAUUCAUUUUUUUUUAAUGCGUAAUGAGAAAUCACGUGAAGCCAAUGCGAAGAUAAAGCUUCCAACGCAAUCUGCGCUUGCAUUUAGUAAGGAGGACGAGCGCAAAGUAACAUGACAGCGGUUUGACCUAACUUUCAGCGUUAUAUAAACGUUUAAAGAGCGCGUGCCUCUCACGAACCGUAAUCCUACAACAAUGAUCAAUGGAUAAGCCGCGAAACAUAAGAGCACUCAUGUGUUACAAACUGUGCAAAACUAGGUCAGUGCGUUUAUGAUCCGGGUGUUUAUUUGCUAUUUUUUUUAUUUUUAUUUUUAAGUCGUCAUGCAGAAAGAACAUUUGUUCAAAGUUCUAGUCAUCGGAGACCUCGGAGUGGGAAAAACGUCGAUAAUAAAACGAUACGUCCAUCAGAUAUUUUCCCAACAUUAUCGCGCAACCAUUGGAGUGGAUUUUGCGCUUAAAGUCCUUCACUGGGACAGUCAGACGGUGGUCCGGUUGCAGUUAUGGGACAUAGCAGGACAAGAGCGCUAUGGGAACAUGACGCGGGUUUACUAUCGGGAGGCCGUGGGAGCCUUCAUAGUAUUCGACGUGACCAGAUCCUCCACAUUUGAUGCAGUGCUGAAAUGGAAAGACGACCUGGAUUUAAAGGUCAGCCUCAGCAACGGCAGACCUGUCCCAGCCGUGCUUCUGGCCAACAAGUCUGACCAGUCACGUGAAGGUCUGCGCUCCCAGAUUCCAAAGCUCGAUACGUUCUGCAAAGACAACGGAUUUGUGGGCUGGUUUGAGACCUCUGCGAAGGAGAACACAAACAUCGAGGUGGCAGCUAAAUGUCUGGUGGAUCACAUUUUAUCCCACGAGGAGAACAUCACCAGCAACCCAGACCCGGACGUGGUGGCCCUUCCCGGGUACAACAACAACACUAAAGAGCGGGUCCGAGCCAGAUGCACGGCGUGCUCCAAAUUUUGAAUGAACAGGAGGAUGAAAGUCAGCGAGCGAAAAAGAAAAUGCGUAGCAGUUUGUUAGAGAUGUUAGGGGACCCAGCCAUUUAACGGUAAUCCCAAAACAAUGAGAUUCAUCUUCAACACACAAGAAAUGCAACAAAAUGGCGGGGACUGUGAAGAAGGAUUGUGCUGAUUAUAUGUAGCGUGAAAUCUCACAUCAUUAGAAACACUGUGUUAGAGGCGCUUCGAUUUGAAUGGAUUUCAGUCAUCGGUGUUUUGUUUACAGGUGAAUGGUACCAAGCAUUUUACGACACGAGUCCAGGUCAGACAUGCAUUUAUUGCUGUUUUGUAUAGGGACUCUUUGAGCACGGAAUAGAUAUUUAUUAAAAGUGGCCUCUAAUUCGGUUAGCCUCAAUGUGCACACGAAAUGCCUUAAUGCUUGCACAGCCACAGUGUCUGGGAAUGUUAUCCUGCAUUAAAAAAUAAAGCAUACAGUAUCUUCCCUCGUGUAGGCUCUUGAAUGUGAUAUUGUAGUCCUGCGCUAUUCUGGGUUGUGCAAUGAAAAGAGGCAAGACGCACCAU